ACCUUCCUGCGCCAGCCAGCUGUACACACGUGCAGUGUUUUCGGGAAGCGGCUGGUUAAAAAGUUAACCUGAAGCCCAUUAUUAUAUAGGACACUACUCGUAGAAUUGAAAAUGGGUAAAAAGCUAAAGGUCGGAAAGACCAGAAAGGAUAAAUUUUACCAUUUGGCGAAAGAGACGGGGUACAGAUCCCGUUCGUCUUUCAAGCUCAUCCAACUGAACAGAAAAUUCCAGUUUCUCCAGAAGGCCCGAGCUGUGUUGGAUCUUUGUGCGGCUCCCGGGGGUUGGUUGCAGGUGGCAUCUAAGUUUAUGCCAGUGUCCAGUCUCAUUAUUGGUGUGGAUCUGGUGCCCAUUAAGCCGAUCCCUAAUGUGGUGGCCCUGCAGGAGGACAUCACUACCGAGAAGUGCCGACAGGCGUUGCGCAAGGAGCUCCAGACGUGGAAGGUGGAUGUGGUCCUUAACGAUGGUGCACCCAACGUGGGAGCCAACUGGCAGCACGACGCCUUCUCUCAGGCCAACCUCACCCUCAUGGCUCUCAAACUGGCGUGUGAGUUUCUGGCCAAAGGUGGGACCUUCGUCACCAAAGUGUUCCGCUCCAAAGACUACCAGCCGCUCAUGUGGAUCUUCCAGCAGUUCUUCAAGAAGGUCCAGGCCACCAAGCCCCAGGCCUCCCGUAAUGAGUCCGCCGAGAUCUUCGUCAUCUGCCAGAGCUUUCUGGCUCCAGAUAAAAUUGAUAAUAAGUUCUUCGACCCCAAAUACGCCUUUAAAGAGGUGGAGGUGCAGGUCAAGACCGUUAAGGAGCUUGUCAACACAAAGAAACCAAAGGCUGAAGGAUAUGAUGAUGGAGUGUUGAGCCUCGAGUCUCACUCCGCCACCUCGGAGGAGAUCAAGGAGUGUUGCCGUGACAUCAAAGUCUUGGGGCGGAAGGAACUCCGACUGCUGCUGUCCUGGAGGGCCAAGCUGAGGCGCCAUGUGGCCAAAAAAGUGAAGGAGGACGGCAAACAGACUGGUCAGGAGAUCAGAAUGGGUUCUGAUGAAGAGAGUGACUCCGACGGUCAGGAGGCGGGUGGGGAGCGAACAGCUCUGUCUGCAGGGCGAGGCGAUGGCGAAGAUGAUGAGGAGGAGGAGAUGGAUAAGAAGCUGGCGCAGCUGAAAGCAGAGGAGAUCGCUGAUUUCAAACGGAAGAAGAAGAGGCUGCUGAAGGACAGGCGUAAGCAGAGAGAGAGGGUGGAGCUGAAGAUGGACCUGCCCGGGGUGUCCAUCGCCGACGGCAACGACAACUCCAUGUUCUCCCUCAACACCAUCAAUAAGGCCAAGGCGCUGUGUGAGAUCUCCGGUGGGGACAUGAAGGCGGUGGACGCCCUUCUGGAUGAGGAUGAGGAGGGCGAGGACGACGUGUACUUCUCUGAUGAAGAGGAAGACAAGAUCUCGCUGGCAUCCGACCUCGACUCGGACGACAUGGAGGAGGUGGAGCAGAAGGAGAAAGAGAUGGACAAGAAGCCCAAGAAGAAGGUGACCUUCAGUGCCCCUGAGGAGGAUGAGGAGGAGGAAGGCCAGGGCAAUGAGCUGCUGGUCGACCUGGAGGAGAAAGACGAGAAGAAGGAACGCGAGACCAGCAUGUGGUUCAGCAAGGGGAUCUUCUCUGAGCUGGAGCUUGAUGAGGAGACUGAUGCACUGAAGGAGAUUAGGCAAACUCAGAUACUUCAGAGCAAACAGGCCACCACAGGGCGAAAGAGGAAAGCUGAGGAGCAGCCGUCAGAGGAGCAGGAGAAGGAAGAGGAGGGGCCUUCACAGGAAGUGACUGCAGUGACACAGGAAAAGGACGAGGAGAGUGGGAGUGACACUGAUGACGACAGCAGCAGCGAUGAUGAGAAAGACAUCGCCCAGAUGAAGAGGUCAGCAGGGUCGCUGGAAAAUCCUCACGGGAGAUGGCUUAAUUUAAUGCAUCUACUUCAAGUUGUGCCGGUGGAGAGCACCAAUCUCACCUCCAAGAAGAAAAGCAGAGACCUGAUCGACGGCUCCUUCCACAGGUUCGCGAGCUCCGAGACCACAUGGGGUGUGCCAGCGUGGUUUGUGGACGAUGAGAAGAAGCACAGGAAGAAGCCCAUCCCCGUCUCCAAGGAGAUGGUGGAGGAGUACAAGCAGCGCUGGAGGGAGAUCGACGCCCGACCCAUCAAGAAAGUAGCCGAGGCCAAGUCCCGCAAGAAGAGAAGGAUGCUGAAGAAGAUGGAGCAGGCUAAGAAGAAGGCGGAGGCUGUGGUGAACACUGUGGACAUCUCUGAAAGAGAGAAAAUGGCACAGCUCAGAAGCAUCUAUAAGAAGGCGGGCGUGGGCAAGGAGAAGCGUGACGUCACCUACAUCGUGGCCAAGAAGGGGGCGGGCCGCAAGGUUCCGCGUCCGUCUGGCGUGAAGGGCCAGUUCCGCGUGGUGGACUCGCGCAUGAAGAAGGACAUGCGAGGCCUGCAGCGCAAGGAGCAGCGAGAGCGCGGGGGCAAAGGCAGGGGGUCCCAGCAGGCAGGGGGGGCAAGAGGGGGUCCAGCAGGCAGGGGCAGGGCGGUCCAGCAGGCAGGGGCAGGGGGGAAAGGGAGGAGGAAGGGGACGCAAGUAAACAGGAAGUCGUCGUCCCCUGUCCCCCCACCAAACUACGCCUGUAAUGACUUGUGCAGAGACACAUGCGCACACCGGCUUGAGCUUGGGAAUAACACCACCCCACCCCAGGGAAUCCCUCUCCUGUCAUGCAUACCCAUGGUGCAUUGUGGGUAG